AUGUUGUUUAGUUCAGCGACUCCGACCGUGAAUAGACAAGCAGCUCAAGACAUUAUGGGGUACAAGGUGGUCAGUCAAUUCAAGAAGUAUAUAGGGUUGCCGACUAUGGUGGAUUGGUCAAAAAAACCAAUUUUUGGUUUUCUCCGAGAUAGACUCCACAAGAGGGUGUUGGGUUGGAAAGAAAAGUUCUUACCGAAGGCGGGUAGAGAAGUCCUGAUAAAAUCUAUCGCCCAAUCUAUACCCACUUACAUCAUGAGUUGUUUUGCCUUACCGGUGUCGUUUUGCAAUGAAAUGCAAAGCAUUAUUACGAAGCUUUGGUGGAGCGGCACUGACGAUAAAAGAAAAAUCUCGUGUGUUAGUUGGCUAAAUGGAGGUCGGGUUCUAGCUUCCUGUGGCGUACUAUUCUUAAAGGAAGAAGCCAAAUGGGAUCUGGGAAAACUUCAAAUAGCCUUCUCUCCUAAUGAUGUCGACCACAUUCUUCAAAUUCCCAUUAGUUUCAGGCUUCCUCCAGAUAAGCUUUUUUGGGUUCCUAAUAAAAACAGUGUUUAUUCCGUUAAAUCUGGCUACUUUCAAGUUCGUAAUUUGGUCGAUAGGGAUAGGGCUUCAUCAUUAGGUGGUUCAACUUUGAGAUCCUUCUGGAGGCAGAUCUGGCGAUGUAAUAUCCAGCCAAAGGUGAAACCUUUUCUGUGGCAUAUAGGUCAUGAUUCGCUGCCGUGUAAUGUCAAUUUAUCCAAAAGAAUGCCUAUGAUGCCUAAGUCGUGUCCUAGAUGCAGGCUAGAGGAGGCAUCUGAUCUCCAUGCGCUGAAAGAUUGUGAGGAAGUCCGAGGUUUGUGGUUGAUUUCGCCGUUGGGGCUGUGGGUAGAGGGAGCUAAUAAUCUGAAUCUUGUUGAUUGGAUUAAUUCGAUGUUCACCUCCCUGAAGACUGAGGAUCUGCAAAUGUUUGUGUUGUCGAUGUGGACUAUAUGGAAUCACAGGAAUAAUAUUGUUUUUGAAAAUAGUCGCUUGCCUCCGCCAUUGCUGUUUAGCAAUAUUCGGGCGAUGUCUGCUGCUAUUGCUUGGAGAAACAGUCUUCAAAGAAAGAGGUCAGUUGCAAGUGCAGUCAUAAGGAACAGCGAAGGUAGGGUUAUUAAGAGUGGAGUGCGAGUUUUACAGGGCGUUACCGAUGUUGAACUAGUUGAAGCUAUGGCAGUGGAGUUUGGGCUAAAACUUGCAGUUGAUGUCUGCUGCUCGGAGUUGAUUGUGGAAUCAGAUUCUCUUGGAGUCAUCAACAAAAUUCACAAUCUGCAUAGUGCAAUCGAUCAUACUCAGCUCAUUAUUGAGGAUUGCCUUGCGAUUCUGUUGAGUUAUCCGACUCGUUUUCAGCAUAUUAGAAAACUCUGUAACAAUGUCGCCCAUGCUUUGGCAAAAUGGAGCAUGUUAGUCGGUAGAAAUUGCUCUUUUAACGGCGAAGUUCCUUUUCCGGUCAAUGAUCUUAUUGUUAUUUUCUCUUAA